AUGAAGUGUUCCUCACAGGAAUCUGGGAUUCACCUGGAGUGUGAUGUGUUAAAACCAAAUGUGAUUCCCAAGUCCACCCCAGACCUACAAGUCAAAAUUGGGAGUGAACCUUGUGGCAUGUUCCCAAUGCUUCCUAACUGGAUCAGCAAUGUUUAUGUGGACUGUGUGGUGGACUUUGUUCAAACUCAAGAUUCUACUACAAUGGAUUGGUGGAGGGACUAUUUUUGGAUCCUCUUAGCUGGGGCCAUCAUCAUUGUCUCAGUGAGCCUGGGCCUCAUCCUGUUCUGUGCCUGUAGACGGCACCUUAGACAAGGCAACAAAUUGGAAAUUGCCAAGCCCUUGAAACAAAACCAAAGAGAUGAAGAAAAUAUGUAUGAGAAUGUUCUUAAUGAACCAACUCAGUUACCCCCUCUGCCACCCAGGAGCUUACCUUCUUCAGAAGCUUACUCUCCACAGGAAACCCCACAUGGGCCAGAAGCUACAUACUCAUCAUUACAUAAAAUUAGAAAUACAAAGACAGUUUCCAUCCCAAGCUAUGUUGAGCUUGAAAACGACUAUGAUGAUGUUGAAAUGCCUACAGCUAUUGGAAAUGGUCAUUUUGAAACAAUGAUUUCCUCUUUUUGA